CGCACUAUAAGACAUGAUACUAAUACACAGAGUUAUCGGGCAGAACACACUGCAACAUAUCCCAAUGGCAGUAAGAUUUCAGACAGGAAAACGAGAUGAACAGGAGAUGCGGCGUAAACUGGAAGAAGAGUUCAGCUCCUUGGUUAACACUGAAGCUUAUAACAAAUGUGUAACUAUUAUCAACAAUGGAGAGGAAGAAAGUAGAAAACGCGGAUUAACGUACUUUGAUACCAUUUGUGAGAACAUCCUGAACCUAUCAGAACUGCCUUCAACAAUCCGAAUUAUGGAUUUUGGGGGAGGUACAGGAACCCCUAUAUCAGCCAUUUGUAAAACACUCCAAGCUCUCAACAAAGAUGUCAUCGUCAGCGUGGAAGAACCUCAUGUAGAGUCCUUGCAGAAAUACAAGAAAUGCAUCGAGAACUUGGAGAAUGCUACUGUGGAUGUGGCCUUCUCUGGACGGUUCCAGGAUUACUUUGGGAAGUCCGUGGAAGAGCUGAAGUCCAUUGGGGCGUAUCCUGAAGAACAACAGGACAGGGUGCUUGCUUUACAUUCCAUGUAUCAUCUUACACGUUGGUUGGAUGAUUUCUGUGACCCUCAGGAAGACAUCAAACGAGCUGUCUUUGUCAUGUAUACCAUCCUCAAACCCGGGGGAAUGAUAUUAAUACAGAUUAAUAGUGGCGACAUUGCUUUCAUUUGGAACACCGCUGUGCAUUGUUUUAAGAUUUGUUUUCCUAAUGAAGCCGUAAACCUAACGAAGGUAGCGGAGGCUAGAAGUUCUUUGCUAUUUCAAGGGGAAAUUGCCGGUAUUCUGAACGAAUCAUUUCCAACCUUUAAAGCUUCGAUAUGGCACGAGGAGGCGAGAUGUGAUUUCGUGAUUCCGUCGCUGGCAGAAGUUGGUGCCUUGGUCCUGUCCACCUAUUUCCAUGGUUGGGCAGAUGACACUUCCAAAUUUGACCAUCGUAUACUGUCAUUUUGCAUGGACUUCGUCCAGAGAGAGGGCAGCAAGUACGGCCUUUCCCAAGAAGAAGACGGAAUGUGGCGGAUGUCAAAUGUUACACACUUUAUCACUAUUAAGAAAGUCAAAGCUGAUUAGGACUAUUCUUAUCUUUAAAGAAAAAAUUGUGUAAGUAUCAAAGAGUAGGGUUAUUCUUAUUCUUAACCAGGAAGCAAUCAGCACAUUGCAUGGUGUAGGCUACUAGACAUACAUGUAUUAGAUACAUGUUUGGGUUUAUCCUGUUGUGUUCAAUUCUGUUAUGUUUGGUAUUAUUUUUUCAUGCAAAUCAUUACAGAAAGGGUUGCAAAUGCUCAAAAUUAUUUUCAAUUUGUUCUGUAGUUCUAUUUUCUUAAAUGCAUGAUAACACUAUCAUGAUGGUACCUUUUUAUGUAUUUCACAUUGUUCAGAGUUUGUACACGGAGUAAAAUGUGGUAAUAUAAUGUAAAAUGAUAAAGUACACGUUUUCUGGAGGAUAAGGGCAGCUGCAGCGUUCAUAUUGAUAAGAGUUACCAUUGUUUUCUUUGAUGUUAUUCAGUUAAUAUGACAGACUUUUUAUUUACUUUAUAGUGGCAUUAGAAAAGUCAGCUUUAGGACAUACAAACCAG